AUGUCCGACGACGAAUUCAGGCCUAAACGACGACGCGUUCGCUCGCCUUCACCUGAGAAGGAGCCAAGUGACGACGACGACAACUACGUUCCAUACGUACCCGUAGCCAAACGGCGUGAAGAAAAGUUUGCCAAACUACAAUCAUGGGGAGUGCGUGCGGGUCGGGAUAGACCAAAGAAGCUGGAGGAUGAGGCAGCGGAGAAAGAGGAUGAAUUGAAGGAAGAGGAGGCAAGACGGGAGAAGGCUAGGAGAGAGAGAACCCUGUUGCUCGAGGCUCAGCAGGUCCAUUUGAAGAAGCAGGCUGAAGAUUCCAAAAAGACCGCAGACCAGAAAGCAGCAGAAGAGGAUGCUGAGAUUUUGGAGGCUAUCAAAAGCCGGAGAAAACUGGCUUCAGAUUUGGAAUUGGCAAAGGGGAUCCGGUAUACAGAACCACUAAAGACAAGCUGGCGGCCACCAGGUUUUAUUCGUGAACGCUCGGCAGAGAAGAACCAAGCAAUACGGGAUAAAUACCACAUCAUAGUCGAGGGAGAAGAUGUCCCUCCCCCAAUAGAGUCGUUCAGGGACAUGAAAAUUCCCGACCCCAUCCUUCAAUACCUCAAAUCCAAGAACAUCAAAAAUCCAACACCCAUCCAGCUCCAAGGGAUUCCCGCAGCUUUCUCAGGUCGCGACAUAAUUGGUAUUGCGUUCACCGGCUCUGGAAAGACGCUUGCUUUCUGUAUGCCACUCAUCAUGCUCGCCCUUGAAGAAGAGGCCAAAUUACCCUUCGUCCAAGGCGAAGGUCCAGUCGGAAUCAUCCUCUGUCCCUCCCGCGAACUUGCAUCCCAAACCUACGAGAACAUCCAAACAUGGUGUACAUCCCUUUCUCAAAGCGGGAAAUACCCACAGCUCAACUGUCUACUAUGUAUUGGCGGUGUCUCGAUGAGCGAACAGAGUAGGGUGCUGAAUAAAGGACUGCAUAUUGUUGUGGCCACACCUGGGAGGCUGAUAGACAUGUUGGAGAAGAAGAGAUUCACAUUCAAUAACUGCAAGUAUCUUUGCAUGGAUGAGGCAGAUAGGAUGAUAGACUUGGGUUUUGAGGAUGAUGUGCGGAACAUCAUGAGCUUCUUCAAGCGCCAACGUCAAACACUCUUGUUCUCAGCAACGAUGCCGAAGAAGAUUCAGGACUUUGCCACGGAAUCUUUGAUUAAACCUAUCCUAGUCAAUGUCGGUCGUGCGGGUGCAGCCAACUUGGACGUACUUCAAGUUGUAGAAUACGUCAAGCAGGAGGCCAAGAUGGUGUACCUGUUGGAAUGCUUGCAGAAGACGCCACCUCCGGUCAUCAUUUUCAGCGAGAACAAGAACGAAGUCGAUGACAUCCAGGAAUACCUACUACUCAAAGGCGUCGAAGCCGUCGCCAUCCACGGCUCCAAGACACAGGAAGAACGACAGUAUGCCAUCAAAGCCUUCAAGUCGGGUGCGAAGGACGUGAUGGUUGCCUCCGGAGUAGCGUCAAAGGGUCUGGACUUCAACGACAUCCAACACGUUAUCAUCUUCUCCAUGCCCAAGGAAAUUGAAGACUACGUCCAUCAAAUCGGUCGAACAGGUCGUAGCGGCAAAACGGGUAUCGCAACCACCUUUGUGAACAUGAACACUCCGGAACAAACUCUCCUCGAUCUCAAAUACCUCCUCAUCGAAGCUGGACAAAAGGUCCCGCCUUUCCUGGCCUCGAUAGAAGAUCCUCGGGUGGCACAAGGGCGAUCCGUACAGGGCUGUCCUGUCUGUGGUGGUCUUGGUCACGGUAUUUCCAACUGUCCCAAGCUGGAGGAGACGCAGAGAAGAACGAUGGCAGCCCAUCGUAUGACGGAUACGGGUGGUUAUUGA